GCCCCGCCCCGCCCCACGGCGCCCUGACUUUCGGUAAGUGAGGCGGCCAGGAAGCUCGGGGGCCGCACAGGAAGGAGCGGGGACUUUCCUGUCGCAGCCCCGGCUGCCGCCGCCUCGGCGUGCCUGCAGCUCGCACUCAUGGCGCCUCCCGGCGAGGAGACGCCGCUGGUCCCUCGACGCUCUUGCAGCCUGUCGUCCUCGGAGGCAGGGUCCCUGCAUGUCCUCCUUCCUCCCCGGGGACCUGGGCCUCCCCAGAGGCUGUCAUUCUCUUUUGGGGACUACCUGGCGGAGGAUCUGUGCGUGCAGGCGGCCAAGGCCUGUGGCAUCCUGCCUGUCUAUCACGCGCUCUUCGCUCUGGCCACGGAGGACUUGUCUUGCUGGUUCCCCCCGAGCCACAUCUUCUCCGUGGAGGACGUGGACACCCAGGUCUUGGUCUACAGGCUCCGCUUCUAUUUUCCUGACUGGUUUGGGCUGGAGACUUGCCACCGCUUCGGGCUGCGCAAAGAUUUGACCAGUGCCAUUCUCGACUCGCAUGUUUUGGAACACCUCUUUGCCCAGCACCGCAGUGACCUGGUGAGCGGGCGCCUCCCAGUGGGCCUCAGCCUGAAGGAGCAGGGAGAGUGCCUGAGCCUGGCGGUGUUGGACCUGGCCCAGAUGGCUCGCGAGCAGGCCCAGCGGCCAGGCGAGCUGCUGAAGGCCGUCAGCUACAAGGCCUGCCUGCCACCCGGCCUGCGCGACCUGAUCCAAGGACUGAGCUUCGUGACGCGCAGGCGCAUCCGCAGGACCGUGCUCCAGGCUCUGCGUCGCGUGGUCGCCUGCCAGGCCGACCGCUACUCGCUCAUGGCCAAGUACAUCCUGGACCUGGAGCGGCUGCACCCGGCGGCCGCCGCCGAGACCUUCCGCGUGGGGCUCCCGGGUGCCCAGGAGGGGCCGGCGCUCCUGCGCGUGGCUGGGGGCAGCGGCGUCGCCUGGAGCCCCGGGGACCAGGAGCUCUUCCAGACCUUCUGUGACUUUCCCGAAAUCGUGGACGUCAGCAUCAAGCAGGCCCCGCGCGUGGGUCCGGCCGGGGAGCACCGGCUGGUCACCGUCACCAGGAUGGACAGCCACGCCCUGGAGGCGGAGUUCCCGGGGCUGCCCGAGGCGCUGUCCUUCCUGGCCCUCGUGGAUGGCUACUUCCGCCUGACCUGCGACUCCAGGCACUUCUUCUGCAAGGAGGUGGCGCCGCCAAGGCUGCUGGAGGAGGUGGCAGAGCUGUGCCACGGGCCCAUCACGCUAGACUUCGCCAUCCACAAGCUGAAAGCCGCCGGCUCCCGCCCGGGCUCCUACAUUCUCCGCCGCAGCCCGCAGGACUAUGACAGUUUUCUUCUCAAUGCCUGCGUUCAGACGCCCCUUGGCCCGGACUACAAGGGCUGCCUCAUCCGCCGGGACCCCACGGGGGCCUUCUCCCUGGUUGGCCUCAGCCAGCCUCACCGAAGUCUCCGGGAGCUCCUUGCAGCCUGCAGGCAUUCUGGGCUGCACGUCGAUGGUACCGAACUGAACCUCACACUCUGCUGCUCGCCCAGGCCCAAGGAAAAGUCCAAUUUGAUCGUGGUGAGAAGGGGCUGCACCCCUGCCCCACCCCCUGGCCGUGCCCCAUCCUGCUGUGCACUGACCCAGCUGACCUUCCACACGAUCCCUGCUGACAGCCUGGAGUGGCACGAGAACCUGGGCCAUGGCUCUUUCACCAAGAUCUACCGAGGCCGCCGUCGGGAGGCCGUGGACGGUGAGACUCACGACACGGAAGUCCUCUUGAAGGUCAUGGAUGCCAGGCACCGGAACUGCAUGGAGUCCUUUCUGGAAGCCGCAAGCCUGAUGAGCCAAGUAUCCUACCCGCACCUGGUGCUGCUGCAUGGCGUCUGCAUGGCUGGAGACAGCAUCAUGGUGCAGGAGUUUGUCCACCUAGGAGCACUUGACAUGUACCUACGCAAGCGCGGGCCCCUGGUGCCGGCCAGCUGGAAGCUGCAGGUGGCCAAGCAGCUAGCCUACGCCCUCAACUACUUGGAGGACAAAGGCCUCCCUCAUGGCAACGUGUCAGCACGGAAGGUGCUCCUGGCUCGCGAGGGGAUGGAUGGGAGCCCACCCUUCAUCAAACUGAGUGACCCUGGCGUCAGCCCCACGGUGCUGAGCCUGGAAAUGCUCACUGACAGGAUCCCCUGGGUGGCCCCCGAGUGUCUGCAGGAAGCCAGGACGCUCGGCUUGGAAGCGGACAAGUGGGGCUUUGGCGCCACCGUGUGGGAGGUUUUCAGCGGGGGACCCUUGCACAUCACCUCGCUGGAGCCCGCCAAGAAGCUGAAGUUCUACGAGGACCAGGGGCAGCUGCCGGCCCCCAAGUGGACGGAGCUGGCGGGGCUCAUCGCGCAGUGCAUGGCCUACGAUCCCGGCCGGCGGCCCUCCUUCCGCGCCAUCCUCAGGGACCUCAACGGCCUCAUCACGUCAGACUAUGAGCUCCUCUCAGACCCGACACCCGGCAGCCUGAGCCCCCGAGACGAGCUGUGCAGUGGCGCCCAGCUCCACGCCUGCCCGGACCCCACCGUCUUUGAGGAGAGGCACCUGAAGUACAUCUCUCUGCUGGGCAAGGGCAACUUCGGCAGCGUGGAGCUGUGCCGCUACGACCCUCUGGGGGAUAACACGGGACCCCUGGUGGCAGUGAAGCAGCUGCAGCACAGCGGGCCAGACCAGCAGAGGGACUUCCAGCGGGAGAUUCAGAUCCUCAAGGCGCUGCACAGCGACUUCAUCGUCAAGUACCGGGGAGUCAGCUACGGUCCGGGUCGCCAGAGCCUGCGGCUGGUGAUGGAGUUCCUGCCCAGCGGCUGCCUGCGGGACUUCCUGCAGCGCCACCGCGCGCGCCUGCACACCGGCCGCCUGCUGCUGUUCGCCUGGCAGAUCUGCAAGGGCAUGGAGUACCUGGGCGCGCGCCGCUGCGUGCACCGCGAUCUGGCUGCGCGGAACAUCCUGGUGGAGAGCGAGGCGCACGUGAAGAUCGCGGACUUCGGCCUCGCGAAGCUGCUGCCGCUCGGAAAGGACUACUACGUGGUCCGCGAGCCGGGCCAGAGCCCCAUCUUCUGGUACGCCCCAGAAUCCUUGUCUGACAACAUCUUCUCCCGCCAGUCUGACGUGUGGAGCUUCGGCGUGGUGCUGUACGAGCUCUUCACCUACAGCGACAAGAGCUGCAGCCCGUCCGCAGAGUUCCUGCGCAUGUUGGGGCCUGAGCGUGAUGGGCCAGCGCUCUGCCGCCUGCUGGAGUUGCUGGCCGAGGGCCGCCGCCUCCCGCCACCUCCUGCCUGCCCCAUGGAGGUCCAGGAGCUCAUGCAGCUGUGCUGGGCUCCCAGCCCGCAGGACCGGCCGGCCUUCAGCGCCCUGAGCCCACAGCUGGACGCACUGUGGCGUGGAAACCCUGGGUAGCAGCCAGGGGUGAGCGCCUGCCGGCUGGCUGUGUGGCCGCAGCAGGGAGCUGUCCACCUCUGGGCGCCACCCCCUACCGUCCCAACCUUUCCAGAGCGGGCAUAUUAAAUAUGUGACCCGAGGGUCUGUCAGCUGGACUUCUGGGAAUGCUUUCCUGCCACGCCGCCGCCUGCACAACUCCAGGACACCUGGACCAACACGCUCCGCUCAGCCAGAAAUUGGCCCAAACGCUGUCUCCUGACCCCAGGCCUGCGACAGCAUCUGUGUAAAGCUCCCAUCUCAGUCCCGGGGGCUCCUUGCGGGCAGCGAAGCCUCAGCAGGGCCUCCUUACAGGAUGGGCUCUGGGAGCGUUCGUUGAGUGAAUAAAUGAGUUCAAUAGAAAA